AUGAGAGGUGAUAUAUUCAAUCUUCAUGUCGAAGGUAAUUUAUUCAACCCUUUAUANAUUUAUUUAUUUAUUUAUUUAUUUAUUUAUAUCCAGGUACUGGACGGCUGCCGGAAGGUUGAAGAUGAAGAGAUAAAAAAUAGAAACAGAGAAGAAAUCCAGUUUCCUCUGACUGACAUUGAUUUAUCCGACCUGGAGAAUCCUGCAAUAACUCAGGUUGAGGAGAUAGAUGUUUGGAACUGUGUGCUGACCCAUUCUAAAGAUAUUGACCUCAAGCUGAGGAUUGAUGGCAGGCUUCUUGUUGGUCAAUAUCUUCUAGAUGCAAAUACAGAGAUUAGUAUUGAUACAGAGACUGGGAUCAUUAGCUACAGUUUGGAGACUUUACUGCUCUUCCUCAGAUAUAAAUCCUCCUCGCAUCCUGUAUAUAUUAAGAAGGUGACUGGACUGUUUCCUGGAAAAGAAGUUGUUAUAAUGGAUCAUAGACUCAAGAUCUUAGAUUUCCUAGCUGACCCCACUUUACUGAAGAUAGAGGUGACUGUGUACACACGAGAUCAACAUAUUAGAAAAAUAUACUCCAGGUUUCUGGAGUUGACGAAAACAGAAUCUGAACCUGAGUUCAUCCCUGCUUCAAAGUUUGAGAAGUUUCAGCCGUUGUUCCAGCAGUACUUUAAACAGAUCUACAGUAGAGGAUUUAGGGACCAGGUGAACUGGCUGGAGGUUUGCCGCGUCGGCGCAGAAGAACUGGUGAACACAUGGGUGGCAGCUGAAUGCGAUUUUGAUCGUUUAGUUGACAAACAGAGGUCUGUGAGUCGUGAGAAGACAGAAAGAGUUCAGAAUUCCAAGUACAAAAAGAUUUUUAAAUCUCAUCUGAGGAGGCUGGAAGAUGUUGCUCAUAGGGUCUCUCCUACUCUAAAUAUAAAAUCUUUUAUCAAGGAAAGUAUGGAGCAUAUUAAAAGCAUCCUGGCGAACCAGGAGAUUUGGAAGAACCAGGAGAAAAGGGAUACAAACAUUGAGAGGAUCUCUAUCUCCUCUGAGGAUGAAGACAUGGAUACCCCUGAACCUGCCAAUAUGCAUCUUGUAGAUAAUACCAAUCCUGAAGAGAAUUCAGAUACAGAUGAUGAUGAGUGUAUUAUAACCAAGCUGAAGACUAUAAAUCAAGCAAAAGAUUUGGAUGCCAUCAAGUACCAAGAUUUAGAGGAGAAAUUAAAGAUGCUGAAGCAGCAGUUGUCAUCUGUGGAUGGAGAGGAAGAGGGUUCUCAGAGAAUUGAAAGUGGAGCAGAGGAGAAAUUAACUGUGGAGUUUGAUGAAGAAAGUUCCGCGAGAAUUGAAGAUGAAGGAACGGGGACUGAGAAGAGGGAGGGAUCCCAGACCCCAGAAUACAAAAUCUCAUCAGACGAGGAGAUGGACGUGGAUGAAGACACAAGGUUGGCCUACGGCUUUGACCAACCAGGAACGAGUGGAAUUUCUGGCCAAUCACAGACUAGAGAAAGCAGUCCCGGCCAAUCACAGGGAAGAGAAAGCAGUCCUAGCCAAUCACAGACUUCAGAAAGAAGUCCUGGCCAAUCAAAGACAAGAGAAAGCAGUCCCGGCCAAUCACAGGGAAGAGAAGGCAGUGCUGACCGUUCUGAAUCUGAAUCAUCAGGAGAAGAAGGAAAGUAUUCUGAGGGUGAGCUGGAAAUAUCAUAAAUUAAUAACCUAAGUGUUACCUUUUAAAACGUUUGCCUCAAUAGUUCAAUACUUGACAGAAAUCUCAAUACUUUAACUUAAAACAAUGUUUAUGACUUUUGGUCAUUUUAAAAAGCCUGUCUCUGACUUUGACGUUUUAAAGAACAAUUGUUUGUUUUUACAUUAAUAAUUUGGUGAUGGGGUCAACUCAACACAAUUUUAUGCUAAGAAAAUGAAACCCCGGAUCAAAAUUGAAAUCACAAGUGUUAAUUUUCCUUAAACAAGUGUAAAAUUAUUGAAAUAACAUUCAGUAAACCUGUUCAGAAAAAAAUUAAAUUUCUAUGUAUACGUAAAUAUAUUCUGUAUCGAUCUUUUACUAUUCAGCGCAUGUAUAAACGCCAGUUUUUUUUUAGUGCCUAAAUUAUUUUCACACAAUGUACACUAAAAGCUUCCCCAAUGGUGCUAUAUCUAAAUUCAAAAUAUUUUUUUAGAAUGAAUAAAUUUUUUAUUUUUGAAA